UUCUACUCACAUCGGUUAUUAAGACAGAUUUAUCUUGUGGACUUCGGCUGAGCGACUAGACAAACCCGCAGAAAGUACAGACGAUCAACAAUCUCCUUGUCAGGCUCUAUUAUGAGGUCAGCAAACGAACAGGUGCGUUAUUACCCUUAUUGAUAUCUUUGAAGGACAGUGAUGUCGGGGUCAGCAUCCAGGUUUACAUAACUAUCAAGAUAAGCACUGAAAAUCCGUGCAAUGGUGCAGUGCUUACCGUUAAUAGAGCUGCAUUUUGAUCCACCGUUUGGUCUCUAGAGUUUAAAAAGCCUCUUUCUUCAAGCGGUAAAUGGGCCAGAACCGGAAACACUUAAGCAUAUUCUAGUCAGAUCGGUUAUCAAGGCAAAUUUAUCUUGUGGACUUCGGCUGUACAACUAGACAAACCCACAAAAAGUACAGACGAUCAACAGUCUCCUUGCCGGACUCUAUUAUGAGGUCAGCAAACGAACAGGUGCGUUAUUUCCCUUAUUGAUAUCUUUGAAGGGCAGUGAUGUCGGGGUCAGCAUCCAGGUUUACAUAAUUAUUAAGAUAAGCACUGAAAAUCCGUGCGGUGGUGCAGUCUCUAGGAGGACUAAACCUAAGAAACGGACUAAGGAACUUGCUUUGCAAACAUAAGCGUGUUUUCCACAAGUUUUGGCUGGAUAAAUGCGUUUGCACUGACACCUUCAGCUGGGAAGAUAAUGAGACAAAAUUUCGACAGUUUGCAAGUAACCUCUGGGAACCUACGCUGGCAUUCAGCACAGAAGACGUUCGUUUAAGCACUGGUGAGCCAGCGUGCCACUCAGAGCAACAACAAGCAACUCCAUAAUGUGGAAAGAGAAUGUCAACUUCGAAGGAUAUGUUCAGAUGAUCGUCGAAAAUAUUCACAUUUCUCCAGGGUUUACAGCAGACGAAACAACUAACAGGGCUGCUCUACGGUCUAGUUCGGGAAGUGUACCACUCUGCAUUGAUAUUGUUCAACACACUAGUACUUUGUACACUGUUCCAGAGUUUUAGCUUUCUUUCCCAAUCCGAAGACCUGCCCAGUUGUGAGUAGAAAUGUAGUCAAAAACCGAUGAGAUCCAACAACCAGACCUUAGCCUACUUCGAAGGAUAGCAUAUGCAUCCACAUACGCAUAGCAGGCGGGGACGGGAGAGUACUCUUCCAUAUUACAAAAAAACAGCGUUGCCGGGGGAUAGACGGGAACAUCUAAUCAAAUUAACGGGAAUUUAAACGGGUUGGGAUAAACAGAUGGCUUGAAGGAUGUCAUUAAUUAGGUCGGAACUAAGUUAAUUAAUCGCUAAAAGGACAAGAAUGUCGGUUUCACAAUCGGAUGCUACGUUUAGAGGAUUUAACCCAACAGCGAGCAUAUCCCUCCACUUUAUGGCCCACCAAAAUCCCAUAGGAGGACGUUUAAAUGCGCCCAUUCUUAGGUCUGCAGAACUGAAUCUGCCACUAAAUAACAGAAUGCCUGACAGAGAAACUCAAGUCGAUUAAAAUUAGAUUACCAUCUCCCAUCCAAACAAAAAGCUCUUUUUGAAGAUUAUGAAGGGCGACAAUCACGAAAGCAUGCAUGCGUUUUCUCCAUUUGUGUUAUUCCUCUUCAGGACGUGGCUAUGAGUGAAAGGAUUAGUAGUGCUUUUGAAUCCGCUGAUAAAGACGAAAUCUAAUAAAGCAUCGGAUCCAAUAUGUCUAUAGGGUUGCUGUCGCAAUGUGCACCGAGUGUACAUUCCCUCCUAGACGCAAAACUAUACGGGUAGAUGGACGGUCUAGCCAGAAGAUCACAUCUGGGUCGACUGAUGACAAGUAUUGUUAUUGAAGAGUAAAAGAAAGCUCAAAAGAACGAAUUUAUUACUGGACUCGAUUUGGCAGUUAUUGCGUCGACGACAUAUUCGUGACCGAAACUAAAGAAGCCGAAUUUGCAGGUUAAUUCCUUCAAUAAACGAAUAAAAUCCAUCAACUAAGUUUACGUUAGGGGCGAGGAUGGUGGGAAACAGUGCAUUCCAUGAUGUUUGGCUAAUAGAGGGACUUGAAACUACAGUACAGCGAAGGGCCUAUCGGAAAAAGUGCCUUAAUGGACAAAGCGGAAACUUCAGUGGCUUCACACCCCGUUAGCAGAGCUGCAUUCUGAUCUACUGCUUAGUCUCUAGGGUUUAAAAAGCCUCUUUCUUCAAACAGUAAUGGACCAGAAGUGAAGACAAUUAAGCAUAUUCUACUCAAAUCGGUUAUCAAGACAGAUUUAUCUUGUGAACUUCGGCUGACCGACUAGAAAAACUCCCAGAAAGUACAGACGAUCAACAAUCUCCUUGUCAGGCUCUAUUAUGAGGUCAGCAAACGAACAGGUGCGUUAUUACCCUUAUUGAUAUCUUUGAAGGACAGUGAUGUCGGGGUCAGCAUCCAGGUUUACAUAACUAUCAAGAUAAGCACUGAAAAUCCGUGCAAUGGUGCAGUGCUUACCGUUAAUAGAGCUGCAUUUUGAUCCACCGUUUGGUCUCUAGAGUUUAAAAAGCCUCUUUCUUCAAGCGGUAAAUGGGCCAGAACCGGAAACACUUAAGCAUAUUCUAGUCAGAUCGGUUAUCAAGGCAAAUUUAUCUUGUGGGCUUCGGCUGUCCAACUAGACAAACCCGCAGAAAGUACAGCAGAUCAACAAUCUCCUUGCCAGACUACCGUCCCAGACAGCUGUCCAGGCACGAGUCCAGCGACCACGUCUUCCAUACUCACGUGUGAGUGGAUUUUACGGCGGAGACGUUAGGCAAUUGGUGAGGUUCUUGAGUUCGGUUCGUAGCCCAACUAGAAAGCCUCGUAUGGCCCAAGCGCGCGACUUUAUGCAGUUUGUUAUUCAUCACACCAAAGUUGUGUUCAUUAUAGCUUGCGCAAAUUCAGAAUUAUUAUAUCAAGUCGUUGGUUUUUCUGCAUCUUAAACUAAGACAAGGUUAGCCCUUAGACGUCAUUAUAAAAGUGACCUGCGCCAAGUGAGUGUAUCAGGUCCUCCGAAAGUCGCUCCGGAUGCCUUGAAAAAGCUUAACUGGUUAGUAAAUUAUUAGUUGACACUGAGCUCUGAACGUCUGGCAUGUUGGAUUGCUCAGAACCCGGUUUAUCUUUCUUCCCCGUUAUACUCUCAGACAACAAAUUAAGCAAGAAAGUUAGUUAUGGAUGUUUUCGGUACUCUGAUAACGGGUCACAAUCCUAUUUUAUGUCUGAGUUUUGGGAAGAGGUCUGCAGUACUCAGAUGAACCAGUAUACACAAUCUGCUUUCGUUUAGGACUCUGCCAGAACUCCUUUGUCUACCCACCACGAAGUACCGAUGACAUCACCGACAUCCCGUGUAAUUUGACUGAGCGCUGGAACAAUAUCUUCUCGGAGUAUUCUUACAGCUUUUAUUGGUCUACUCUCAUCCUCACAACCAUCGGUGAGACCCCAAAGCCCGUACGAGAUGGGGAAUAUGUUUUCAUCACAAUCGACUUUCUGGCUGGUGUGCUCAUUUUUGCCACCGUGGUGGGCAACGUCGGGGCCAUGAUUGCCAACAUGAACGCCGCAAAGACAGACUUUCAGUCACAGAUGGAUUCAGUAAAACGGUAGGUCUCGUUUUCCAUCGAGGACUGUGACAGAAGAGUGCGUUUAACGUAUCUGGGCAACCUUUUCUUAUGCCGUAAAAAAACUUUCCUAGUCACUUUUCCGAAUAAGAAAAUUUGCUCAGAACUCUCUAUUAUCAACGAUCAGGGACGUCUGUCUCUGAGAAGAGAAGACCCUUCAAAUGAGGCGAUGGGGAGCUCGCUUUCCAAGUUUGUAGACUGACAUAAAAAUUUGCUAUAGCACUUAGUUAAUAUUUAAACUUCGAGCAGACUGACUUUUUGUGCUUGAGUCAAUAUGGGUUUACGGGGUCAGCUCGUCUCGUUGUGCUUAAUGUCAGAAUCCCUAAUUUCUUGAACUUUUUGUACGCGGGCUCCAGAUCUUUUUUCUAUUAAUGAAUGAUGCAUCGAAGGUCAUACCCUCAAGAAAUUCGCAAAAUACCUUCGACAGCAAUGUAAUCUCCUUCCCAGUACGAGUUGGGUCCCUGAAAAGUUGCCCUGUUAAUUACAGUACUUGACCUAUCUCAUGAAAUCUGAUAGCGGAAACUGCGGAGAGAAUUUCUGGACGCCUUUAACGUUGAACAUUUUCAGCGAAUAUUCCCAUGUUACAAUUGAAAAGUUGAAUUGGCGAACAUGUGUUUUCGGUAACUUUUCAUCAGGCAGUGGCUAUACGGCUAGCCAAUCCAGUGCUAUGUUGUCAGAAGACUCUGACACAGGCGUUCUGUUUUCCGUGGCCAAUGCCGACCCCAGCGUCGCCCCAAACUCUUGAUGGCAGUGUGUGUGCACAACGUACACGACGUACUCAGCCUAUGCCCCCCUCUCCCUCGCCCCCCUUGACCCAAUGACCACGCCACGCCGACCACGCCAUAGCACGCCCCGUCAUGCGAGUGGCGUGGGAACGAUGGAUGUUAAUUGUCCCCGAAUCGCUUAUAAGCCAUGUAAUUCGCAUAACUUAAACUUCUAUGUAACCGUUUUGGCCUGAUGAGGAGGUAUCGAAAACAAGUGUUCGCCAAUUUGACUUUUCAGUUGAGUAUUUUGUUCGCUCAUCCACUCCCUUCAAUAAAAUGCCCUUUUCUUGUGCAGAAAUCGUGUUUAUGUAAUUAUAUCAAGUAAAAUAUCAGUAAAUUUUAGCGAAAAUGGACGUUGGAAUAUAUUCGUGCAAUUUCCUAUGCUAAUACAUGUCCUAGACUGCGGGUACGCAUCUGAGCAACUUUUUCAUUGAAAGGAUUGUAAUUUACCCGCGAGAGUUUUAAUAAACAGAUUUAGCUGAACUUCCCUUGAAUUUCUAUUUCCCAGCACUCCUGAGGAACUAAGUACGUUUGCUUGAUAGAGCUUCAGAAUGCGCUUAUUCUGUAAAAAAUCGAUUUCGAUAGUUUUAUGCAAAAUAGUGUCUACUACGUCAGCCUUCCCGGAUACUGUGUAGGAAGACCGUUUAGUGAACACAAGUAUGUAGAGGUUAUUGAGCCAAGUUCUACACUUAUUAUUGGAGUUAUAACAUAUUUCUUUGACCAAAUAGGUACAUGGAGUAUCGCAAAGUGAGCAAGGACUUAGAACAGCGCGUAAUUCAAUGGUUUGACUACCUCUGGUCCAAUAAGCAGUCACUGGAGGAAGAAAACGUGCUCGGUAUAUUGCCGGACAAACUGAAGGCCGAGAUAGCGAUUCAUGUCCAUUACGAUACACUGAAACGGGUCAAAAUAUUUCAGGUAUGCAAUGGUUACUAAAGGGCCUCCUCUUCCACCAAGUAAAUUAGCGUAGGCGCCAAUAACUUUUACCACUGUUUGAAUUUUUUUCUGAAGCUAUUUCAGCUAUUGAUUAUCCAUGUUUAAACUGAGUCCAUGUAGUGAACGUUCUCAUAUCUCAUACCUUAUGUAGCUUUCUGAGUGCAUGGCUAUGGCCAGACUGAAAGUGGUGCAGACGAUUCUAAUAAACAAAAGUCUUUAAGGCCGGUAGGCCAGUCCAUCAGAAAAUGACGCGAGUCAGCUUGAGAGGCUAUCGCAACGUCUUUCUGUGUGGGCUUGCCUUGAAAAUCGUCACGCCCUCCGGCAGGUUGGGCCGAAAGGGUAAGUAGUUUUAACUAGUACCCCUUAUUUGAUGAAACAAAAACACUAUGAAGGAACGCGUGAAAUUGCACGUUAACGCAGUUAUGUCCAUGGUUUUCUACAUUCUGUCACCAUAGAUAGGUUUCUGUCUAUCUUCUAGGACAAUAACGUUAUUAACAGUGCAUCUUACCAUCAACGAGAAUAUCGAAUUUCCCUGAAACAUCUGACGCGCGCCCAUGUACAGCAGGUCUCCAAUUCAGUUCUUCAAGCCUACCUCAGGAACUCCGACUAUUUUUGAUAUACAUGUUCUAUUUAACCGAGCAGCAUAAAUGUUUUCUCAGCGUUGUCUAAUCAGGUCACAUAAUCCAAACAGCUGUUAAUGCUGAUAUUUAUGCAGAAAUAGAUGAAUACGGGUGUACUGACUUCCUAGAGCAAACAUAUUCGGAAUUUCUAGAUAAGAGUGCGAACAGGCAACCAUCUAGCAGGCCGACCACGGCAGGGAUAUGAAAGCAGAGAGGGAUAUCGUCGGAGUUUCGGAGUUUUUAUUUUGCUUCGGGAAGUCAAUUAAUCGGUGUACGCCCACUUUUCUAUGAAUGGAGACCCAAGCUGCAACGACAGGCAGUGCGUGGGGCGAGGCACUGACCCACUAGGCGUGUGCUUGCGCACGUGUUUGCAGCCCAGCCCGGACGGUGGUCGGGCUUAAGAUUGGCCGGAGGAAGGUAGAAUAAGUCCGAUACAGAGCUGGGUCAGUCUACCCACAUGCCCGUCGAAGGCCCUCCAUAUUUUUUUAGAUUUUUAGGUGUGGUAGACCAGCAGUUUUGCUGAGCGCUGUUAUUCUGCACACUGUCUGGUUUGUUCAGUGCAACAUAUUGGAAGGCCGGUUUAACUUUUGCCUGAAACAGCCAUUCCACGAUCAGUCUAAAAAGGGCAGUGAGAACGUGCCAAAGGAGGUAACAGCACCAGAAAUCGGUCACGCACCUGCAGUCAAACAAUCAGUGUUAGACAGCUACUUGCUAAGGUGUCUAUCUAAAUUGAAAACCAUGUGUCAUGAGUUAACUGGAAUUGUUUUCGAAAUUCGCACCAUGAGUUCGUCACUCAGUUAACUGUGAGCGCUUUACACCAGAUCAAAAUCGUACCAGAAUAUCGAGGAUAUAAAUAAAAAUAUUUGUUGUGCUUUAAAUCAUUCAAGGUUUAUAUAUUGUGGAACAAGAGCACUUUCUGAAUACUAUAGGAAACUGUCUGGUUUGCUCAGCCAGUUCUGCAAAAAGUAGCCUUCAAAGUGGAGCAAGUUAGCGUAAGCGAAGUUACGUUUCAGCGAACCGUCAGGCCCGUGAAUUUCAUAAGCAUAACUUGACAGGAGAAUGCUAAUGUGGUAAAGGAACUAAUUGCGGCGAUAAGGCAGGAGGAGCAAUGACGGAACUAGUGGACAUGACAGUCGACAGGAAGCUGCGAGGGGGGAGCCAAAAGACGCUAGUGAUGACCGCAUAUUAGAAGGGGCAGUCCUGUCCUAUAAGCUAAAAAUUCCCCAUCAGAUCAUCAGGACCGCAUUGCCCGAGAUGCGCGCAGCUCGGCCCAUUAGUCGACACAAUAAGUAACCAUGGCUAAGCCACUUCCGAUCCUAUUCACAGAGCCCGCGCGUAUACUAUUUUGCCGGUCCAAUGAAGAGCCUGGUGAGACUGUAUGAAAAACGGGUUUGAGCUGAUUUUACAGCCGUCCCUGAAAUGGCUAAACCCCGACGGUCUGUAAUACGGGAAUGGUGGUAAAGGGGAUUUCACGGGUGGGGCAACCAGACACGUCAGUGAGAUGGCUGUGAAAGUGCUGGGGAAAAAAUGAGUUAUUGAAGUGUGCAAUAAAACAUUGGGCUGAAACUGGAGCGCAAAUGAUGAAAAUACAGUAGGGAUCCAAGCAACCAGUAAAAGUGACAACGCGUGGUCAACAUCAGUCGGCAUGGUGUACAGCGGCAUCUGAUGAACUGCUGAACUGCUGAUUUGUUGUGCGUAGACAAGAUUAUGGUAGAGGGGCGCUCACCAAUCGUUUCUACGGUGAGAUUCUGCUGAAACAACACAACUGCACUUUGCUGAAAGGGAAAGGGACGGUUUUGUGCUCGGGUUUAAAGGUAUCUUUAGUCCAACGGUUUCGAUUAAUGUGAGGGUUAGGCUUAGGGAUAAGGUAAGUGUUAGGGUUGGCCUCACUCUAACCCAAACCUUAACCGUAGACCUAACACUAUCCCUAGCCCUGAACCUAAUCCCAAACCCUAGCGCUAAGCCCUAACCCCUAACCCUGACUCCUAACCCUAACCUCUAACACUAGCCCCCAACCCUAGCACCUAACCCUAACUCUUAAUCCCUAACCCUAAACCCCAACCCCUAACCCAGACAACUCGAAGGUUAGGAGGGAACGACAAACACCAAGUCAACGUAAUUACGCCUACUCAAAGCCAAUCAGUAGCUCAACAGUAUUAUAUUCCGUAUGCAUGGCUGCACAGUCAGAUAUUACCGAAAAAUGUUCUCCAAGCCGCCUGACAAAAUAAUCGACCAACUAGCUUACCCACACCCUCCAUCCCUCAGCAUGCCGACACCGACGCCUGUCCCUAGCUCGCGUCGCUUAACUUGCCCACCACCCUACCCUCCCAUCAUUCUAUCCAUCCCUCUUAUCAUACUUCACCGCAAUUAGCUCUUUCCCCUAACGAACGCUCCUAUACCGAAUUAUGUGUCGAAAUGCACGGGUCUGAUCACAAAGCGCUGGUAACUCUCCCAAUUUAAGUUACCGACGUUAUGCGUAUCCUGCUCACACUGUCCAUGAGCAACGUAACAUCUGUCAAGGGCUUCGAAUCCCGGAAAUUAUUUUACUUCUCUCAUUAUUUACUGUUUUCUAUAGUUUUUGAGCCGGCAAAUUCUAAACGACUCGUCCUGAAUCGCGGUUGUCUCAAACUCGGUUGCACUUUUACGCGUACGAAGCUGGGGUACUCUCGUACUAUUGCGGUUGUUUGUUUUCGCCUAAGCUGAACCGAGUGUUGAGUAUCUAUGCGAAACUGCACUCCACAAAAGUUCGCACUUUAGGAAGUCUCGACUACCUUCCAGCUUCCCGCUCCUGUUGACCAACCUAAAGCUAUCAAUGACUAAUUCAGCUAGAGAGAUUCAAAAUAACAUGGUGAGAUAGCGAAAGUCCCUUUUGUCCCUCUUUGUUGUUUCGAGUAUGCUGACUUCCACUCUGCCAGCGUAAAUGGUAUCUGAGCACUCUUUCUGCCCAACAGAAAUUUGUUUUGACCGUCGAGUUCCCAUCUGGGAUCAUGUUUCGUUCUUCAUGUACUUCUAAUCUGACUCAUUUUUUUCUUAUCUACCUCGCAGGAUUGUGAUCCAGGUCUGCUUGUUGAACUGGUUCUGAAGCUGAAACUUCAGGUCUUCUCUCCUGGUGACUAUAUCUGCCGUAAGGGCGAUAUUGGGAAGGAGAUGUAUAUUGUAAAACGGGGUAAAAUCAGUGUGGUUGCGGACGAUGGGAAGACAAUUUUUGUCACCCUUGGUGAAGGCAGUGUCUUCGGCGAGAUUUCCAUCCUCAACAUUGCCGGUAAGCCUAUAUUUCAGCCCAGAGUUAUACCAAUGACGGUAGAAACAUCCCCGAGGAACUGUCCUAUCAGUCUCAUAACUUUCUUGUCCGAUUACUCGAAAGUAGGUGAACUGAUAUCAGUCCCCCUUAUGGCCUAUUUUAUUAACGAGCACUCCUUUUUCAUGGGGUGUUUCCUUUGGAAGUAGCCAUUUUACUAAAGCGCGAACACUAGAAACAAAUCGAUAAUUGAUUCGCAGGCAAUUUGUGAUGAAGCGUGUGCUUAAUGAGUAUUUUGCCUGACGUAUCGUUUGUUAGUGGGGGGGGGGGGGAGUGGAAGGAGGCCUCAUCUGAGACAGUGAACUAAGUGGGUGUGUUCUUCUCACGCUCGGAACUUCGGUGUUCGGAAACGAAUAACAGCAAAAUCUCAAGCUCCUGCGGCAAGGUAAAAGAACACUUUUUUGGAUUUUUAGGCGCAUGUUAACGUCUAUCUAGAGAUAGGGCUAUGAAAUAUAAUUCACAUUUUCGGACAGAUCAAUUAUUAAUGAAUGCCAUAGGGUUUGCAUCAUCUAAAAGUGCAGUUUUAUACACCGAACUGCGUCUUCCUCUUUAAUGCAAUUACAUAGGCCUGUCCUAUUUUCCGCUAUUUGGUGUAUAUACAUUUAUAUAUGGCGGAAAGAACCUCGAUAAAACUACGGGCCCGUGGUUCUAUGGUAGAGUCAGACCUUGCAAUUCUUGGGUUGUGUAGGGUCGACUGGCGACGCCUAGUGAGCCGGAUGUGGCCACCCAAAACUCCCUUGUCUUUGGCGAUGCUCUUUCCACAUAGUUGCUUGCCGCUAUGCGAAUGCUUACUAGUGCUCUGAACUGAGACCCGUGGCGUAACGGAAAGAACGUGUCUCAUAAACUAGUCGGUAAACUCACUUUCAAUAUUAUGUAUGUACGCAACGGUUUAAAUUCGGCGAGUUUCUUGGAGAACAAAAUAAUCUCUAUUGCGUAUAUUUCCGACGCUGGUUCUCCAGUUCCUAAUCAAACUUAUGGGUCAUGUAUAAAAACAGUUAACUAUUUAACCGUAUCAAACAAGUGAUUCUGCGGUUGGCCGAAGCUUGCACCAGUGGUCGCCAAUCACAUUCCAUUAUCCCCUCGGCAUUGGCUGUCCUCGCUUCCAUCUGUCCUUGAGAAAUUUGUACGUAACAUCUAAAUUGAUAUGCCGAUUGAUGCAUGCCUCAUCUGAGUGCAUGGCUUCCAGGAAUUCGCGGCCCUCACUUAUUGGGCAGGCGCUAAAAGUGCGAGUGUUCUGUCACUCAUCUUUGUCCCCAGUGUCCAGUAUGUAUUACCGCCUGGAAUAGACUAUUUUGCCUCUUUCCCGCUAGCUGGUGCUCAUGUGUACGGGUUGAGCCCGACUUCCCAGUUUGGCCACAAUAGACGACAUCACAGCUGCCACAGGUCCACAUACUCUAUGGAGCUUAUCAGCCUCUGAAAAAGACGAAAAAGGAGAAUAGAGAGUGAAUUCAUGGAACAAAUUUUAUUCGCACUAAUGUUUCGGAAACCCCCUCUUCUUUAUCACCAGAGUAGUGCGACUGCCGUUCUUUCUGGUCGUGGGUUGUUCGACCUUGCUACCCGCCACACUUAACGGCGCUAAUCACACAAUCUUUGACCCGCCCGUCAGCUGCUAACCAACUUUGACCUCUCCGGGGUUGACCGCCAACAGGCCCACGUGACCUUUUGCCCCCUAUGCGGACGGCGGGACUGUAGCCAAGAUGACUUGUCUGUUGGCCUCCCCCACUUCGAACGGCUGAAAUACAACUCCUGGACCAUUGCAAAUAACAUCAUCAAUACAAUAGACAAACCGACAAAGACGAGAGCACUCAUGAGAAGAGAAACACUGGCCACAAAAGUUACUGAUGCUGCGACGGCGCGCUUCCACCACCUGCCCAGAGCGAACAAGCCGGAGUGUCCCUACACCCCAUUGUUUCAUUCCUUGGCACAGUACGCUUUGGGCUCUCAACAUGGCUCUAUCAACAACGGCGUUACCUUACCAAGGAUUCGGAGUGGAUGGCGAAGUCGCCUGAAGAUUAUUUGACCCAACAUUCGACAUCUCGAAGUAGAGGUAAACGAGGUGCUGGUGUCAUUUAACGUAAUCUCACUACUCACCUCCAUCCCACUACGUUUGGCCACCGCAGUCGGUGACCUUCUCUGGAAAAAUUAUGAUAGAGAGACGAAGGCAUCAAGCGAGAGCACACCGUCAAGCUCCUAGAACUGUGUCUUACGACUGUCUUCGCACUCAACGGUCAAGUCUACGAGGAAAAGAAGGGGACAUAUCUCGCCUCUGCCUGGACUAAUUGCCGAAGCGGUUUUACAGAGUUCCAAGUAGCUAGUCCUCUUUUACACGUGCAGGCUUCCAGGACAUUGUUGAAUUCAGUCUUUCCAUACCAUGUCAAAAUUGCGAUGCGAGGCAUGUUGGUGAAACGGUCAAAAGCCUUGGCACAAAGAUACAUGAACACCAACUUGCCAUCAACCGCAAGGAUAAGCUGCCUCUGGCCUAUGGCUACGUACAGUAACUAAACUAUGGUUUCGCCUAGUGGAAAACAAGGAGGAUUGGCCAAGUCAAUGAGAAGAUGGCCAGAAUGGUGCCCCAAACUUGGCCCUCGACUGGCACACUUGACCAAGAUAUAGACCCGCAUCCCGCCUACCAAGCGCUACGCUCAAUGCUCGAAUGUGUUCGGACAGACCAAUAGGGCGGGCGAGCGCCUGAGGCCGAGAGCCGGCGCUUGCGGAAAAGAAGGGAAGGGGUGGCCGGAAGUCACAUGGCCAACGUCGAGCCCAGUCUCACAGUUGCACCCACGAGGCCGAAACUUGCACGACCUGUAACGAUUGCUCAGCCCGCCAACUGAAGUGGGGGAGGCCUACAGGCACUUCGUCUGGGCUGCAACCACGCCGGCCUCAAAGGGGGCAAAAGGUCACGCUGGCCCAACAGUGAUUAAUCUAAAGGAGAUAAAAGUUAGCAGCAAACGAGCAGGUCAAAGUUUGUGCAACUAGUACGGUUAUAGCACAAGGCGUGCAGCAAGCUUGAAUAACCCAUGACCAGCAACAACAGCAGCUACACUGCUAUGAUGAUGGGAAAGAGGAAGUUUCCGAGACGUCAGCACAAGUACAACUUGGUCCAAGGACUCGCCCUCUCACCCCAUUCUUCAUCUGCCUCUGGAUUAUAACGCUAUAAUAUAUGUAGCAUAAGCGAGGCAAAAUAUGCGUACAUGCAUUUCUUCUUUCAUUUCGUAAGCGAUGUUUUAUGCGUCAUGUGCAGUGAGUCGCACUAGAUACCGGCAUUCUGCUUGUACCAAAAUUCACCGACAUAAUUUUAAAACUGACCAACCAACGCGUUUUGGUUCCUAUUAAUCGUUUCCCAGCUAAAUCCAUCCCUAUAGAAGAUUCAGGAAAAACGUACGCCGCAUUUGCCGAUCUGACCUGAGUAAAGGAUUGUUACAAAGUCGUUAUUCAAUCGACGUUUUGAAUGUUUCAAGCUGAGAGGUAAGCCUGAAGAAGAAUACUUUGGUUUGACCGGUCGAGUUAAUGACACUUUUCAGCAAUCCGAGUCAGAGCAGGCCACCGGCGCACAGAUUAAAGCACUAUCUUUCAUUAAGUCGUCGGCAUUGCCAGAAGAUGCACAUGUGCGUACGCGGUGUCUCGUCCAGCUAGACCAGAAAGGUGAUGUGGCAGUACAGGAAUUGGCAAAAGAAUGCGUCCGAAUCACAAAUAUCAAGCAAGACACCCAACGUAUUUGAAGCUCGAGUACUCAGCCUGCUUAAGUCUUCGAUAGCAGGACGAGAAAACCAGGACAGAAUAGUUUUCACGGAAGCCGAACACGGCGUGCUGGCAGUGCAGCGGUCGGCACUACGUAAGUGAAUGCCCCUAUCGUAGUAGGAAGUGCAACAAAUGUCCUUGUGUUGGCAAUAUGGCUUAACACUGUAGAGCAGCGCAGGCUAGUCCAAGAAAGAAUUGGCAGGUCGUUUUAGAAGACGAUUCCCUAGCACUAAAUUGUGAACACCGAAAAUACUUGCCAGUGAAUAUUAACGGGAAACCGACCACACUGCAGGUAGGUACAGCUGCUCAUCUGAGCAUAAUCACCAUGCGCACGUAGGACGAUAUCGGUCCUUCAGAACCGAGACCAUCAUAGGUCAUAGCAUGGGCGUCUAACGAGACGCGUAUAGAAUUGGAAGGCGUUUUUCAGGCGACUGCCAGUUUUCGAAAUAAUAAUUGCCUUGCAUCUAUCGAUGUGUCGAAGACUCGUAACAAUCUUCCCGGAAAUAAGACGACAUCCGAACUGCGAUUGUGGAACCGUCCCUUCGACGAAAUUUGCAGAGCGGUGCACAACACUACUUAAGAGGUCCUGAUGAAGAAGUGUAUGGAACGGAUGGAGAACGCGGACGGAAGGUGCACGAUGAUGAAGGAAAGUUUGAAAGUAAAGCCGGAGAAAAAGCCAGUUUUCAAACGAAGCCGAUGGAUUCCCUUUGCAGUACAGUCGACCGUAGAAGCUGAACUGGAGAGGCUACAGGCCUACCAACAAUUCAGCUUGGGCUGCUUCAGUCGUGGCGGUAAAGAAAACUAACGGAAAAGUACGAUUGUGUGCGGAUUAUUCCAGGCGCAUGAUCGAUGCACUAGAAGAUUAUCAUUACCCGCUACCAACCUUAGACCAGAUAUUUGUUACUUUAAAUAGAAGGAAGGUCUUUGCGAGGAGGGAUCUAUCCGAGGCUUACUUACAAAUUGAGAUGGACGAGAAAUCGCAGGAAAUGUUGGCCAUCAAUACGCACAAAGGUUUCUUCAGAUACACUUGCCUAAACUCUGGCGUAAAAAAGGGCGCCCAGUGUGUUCCAGAAGAUCAUGGAUACGAUGCUUACGAAUGCCCCGGGAACUAUAGCAUAAAUGGACGAUAUUUUGGUUGUUGGUAGCUCAGAGGAAGAGCUGAGUCGAAGGCUAGACCACGUUGUGCACAAUUUUAUCGACUAUGGGCUUAAGAUCAAUAUGGAGAAAGGGGAAUUUUUGCGGAGGUCGAUUUACUAUCUCGAGUUCAUAGUCAACGAGGAUGGGCGUGCACCUGAUUUAGAAACAGUGAGGCAUCCCGGAACGCAAAAGUACCGGAGAACACGAAGGAGCUGCAAUCCUUUAUGGGGUUGGUCAGCUACUACGGCCCCUUCAUCACUAGGCUGAACAGUCUGAAACCUCCACUCAGCCGACUUCUGUGCAAGGACGUGGAAUUUUUUGAUCUUCCGAAUGUCAAAACGCUUUUGAUGCGAUAAAGGCAAAGAUAUGCGACUCGACUAUGCUAUCACUAUUUAAGGCUGACAAAGAAACCAUUGUCCAAGCAGACGCCUCUGAUUACGGAUUAGGCGGAGUGCUCCUCCGGAAGGAUGCACAUGGGGGAAUCCAACUAAUCAUACAUGCCGCCGGGUCGGCGACGAAGGCGGAACGGAAUUAUGGCCAGACCGCAAAGGAGGGACUGGACAUUAUUUUCGCCAUGCAGAGAUUUCACCUGUUCAUUUAUGGCAGACCCUUCACACUGCAUACAGGUCACCAACCGCUGGAGUUUCUUUUGGGUACUAACCAUGGUGUUCCCCAGAACGUAGCUAGGAGAAUACAGUGCCGAAGUACGAGCCUUCAAAACUAUGACUUUGCGGUUCAUUAUGUGCCCACGCUGUAGUUUAGAGCUCCGGACACCUUAUCCCGACUGAGCGCAAGCGAUGAAAAUCAUGAAGACGUGAUGGUCGCUCCCUUUCUUUUCCACCUUCCCUUCCGGUCAGAACAAGGAUGCAAUGCGGGCAUCCCAUCUUGCAUUCAGAUUUCGGUUCAAAAUCCUUACGAGUGGCAACUAGUGGAGAGGCAAUAGUGAAUCGAGAUGCGCUAUUGCCAAUGAAGACAGAUAAAAUAAACAUGAACCGUCCGGUCUCCCGUCUCUGUUACGAAUCUGUACAUCAUAAAUCCGAUGGCGUAUUGAGUCAGGAUGUGGAAGAACAGCAUUAUUGACAAAGACAAGGGAGACUGGAAUGGUCAUUUCUGGCGUAUUGUUCGUCGUCAGCCAGUCAUACCCAGUGCUGAGGUGUGGAACACCUGGGACUCGAUCCUGCGAGCUGUUAGUUAGAAUUCCAACGCUCUACUCACCAAGCCAGGGGCUGUAAACCUCUCUGUAAUCUUCUGUAAAUCGACGCCUGCUCAGUGAACUAUUUCCCAGUCCUUUACAGUUUAUUGGGUAACUUCCACAUUCGAGAAAAUUUCCCUCGACUCGUUAUGAACUUGAACGGAGAAGUUAGGAACGGGUGCACAGGACUCGUUAGUCUGCCAAAACCUUGUCUCUAUUAACAGGGACUGUUUUCUCAGGCAAAAAACUGAACACAAGAGAAUUCAAGCGCACUUAUACACUUUAGACUUAAGCUGUGAAAGACCAGCUUAGUAAAGAAAUGGAACACUAUUUUCAAGGGGACAAAACAAAGAGAAGUUAUCCAAACAACAUUAAUUCUAGUAAGUUUUCUAAAACCAGAAAUGAAAUACUUUGCACGUACUUCCUUUCUCUUAUUCUUGUCCUUCAUACGUUAAAGCUCUUAUAGUUCAUUUAACAGCCCGUGGUACUUAAUGCCCCAUUUACUAGGCAAUAAAACGGGAAACAGAAGAACAGCCAACGUGCGUUCAGUCGGUUACUCGGAUCUCUUCUGUCUCAGCAAAGACGACCUGUGGGAGGCACUCACAGAAUACCCCGAAGCAAAGGAUAAACUUAUGCAAGUGGGUCAGGAAAUGCUGCGCAAGGACAAUUUGCUCGACGAAGAGGCCCUAAAAGCUGCAGAAGAAACCAGAGAAUCGAUGGAAGACAAGGUUCAAAGGCUCGAAGAAACGUUAAACACACUGAGCACCAAAUUUGCUCGUCUCUUAGGCGAAUAUGGCUCGAGCCAGGCGAAAAUCAAACGCCGUCUCACCCGACUUGAAAGAGUGGAAGCGGCUCUUGAGCCUGGAGACUCCACAGCACAUAGUGACAUCAUUAUAAGACCUCCAACCUUAGAGCUGUCAAGAGUUACUUCAAAAUGA